ACAUUAUAUCUCUCGUGUAGACCAAAGCUAAGGGUCACUGAGAGUUCGUCUCCCUUCUCCGCCGCUUCCUCUUGUUUUCUUGGAGGAUUUUUGUAGGCACACAUAUUAAUUACAUUUUUGUUGGAGAUACCUAAAACUAGGCAAAAUGGUGAAGUUUACCGCUGAAGAGCUUCGUAGGAUUAUGGACUACAAGCAUAACAUUCGUAAUAUGUCUGUUAUUGCUCAUGUUGACCACGGGAAAUCUACCUUGACUGAUUCUCUUGUCGCUGCUGCUGGUAUUAUUGCCCAAGAAGUUGCUGGUGAUGUUCGUAUGACUGAUACCCGUGCUGAUGAAGCGGAACGUGGUAUCACCAUCAAGUCCACUGGUAUCUCACUUUACUAUGAGAUGACCGAUGCAGCUCUCAAGAGCUUCACAGGAGAGCGAAAUGGGAAUGAGUACCUGAUCAAUCUUAUUGAUUCACCUGGACACGUCGACUUUUCUUCUGAGGUCACUGCUGCCCUACGUAUCACUGAUGGUGCUUUGGUUGUGGUCGAUUGUAUCGAAGGAGUUUGCGUUCAGACAGAAACUGUUCUUCGACAAGCCCUUGGAGAAAGGAUCCGUCCUGUUUUGACUGUCAACAAGAUGGACAGGUGUUUCCUUGAGCUUCAAGUUGACGGAGAAGAAGCAUACCAAACGUUCCAAAGGGUUAUCGAAAACGCUAAUGUCAUCAUGGCCACAUACGAGGACCCACUUCUUGGUGAUGUUAUGGUUUACCCCGAGAAAGGUACCGUUGCUUUCUCUGCCGGGCUUCACGGUUGGGCUUUUACCCUAACCAACUUUGCAAAGAUGUAUGCUUCUAAGUUUGGAGUUGACGAGUCGAAAAUGAUGGAAAGGCUUUGGGGAGAAAACUUUUUCGACCCCAAAACUAAGAAGUGGACCACCAAGAACUCGGGUUCACCGUCGUGCAAGCGUGGGUUUGUUCAAUUCUGUUACGAACCCAUUAAGCAGAUCAUCAACACUUGCAUGAAUGACCAGAAGGAUCUGUUGUGGCCUAUGUUGACAAAGCUUGGUGUGACCAUGAAAUCUGACGAGAAAGAGUUGAUGGGUAAGGCGUUGAUGAAGCGUGUUAUGCAGACAUGGCUUCCUGCUGCUACAGCUCUACUUGAAAUGAUGAUCUUUCAUCUGCCUUCCCCUCACACGGCCCAAAGAUACCGUGUUGAGAAUUUGUAUGAGGGUCCGUUGGAUGAUUGUUAUGCUAAUGCCAUUAGAAACUGUGACCCCGAUGGUCCUCUUAUGCUUUAUGUUUCUAAGAUGAUUCCCGCUUCCGACAAGGGCCGUUUCUUUGCAUUUGGGCGUGUUUUUGCUGGAAAGGUUUCCACGGGAUUGAAGGUUAGGAUCAUGGGUCCAAACUAUGUACCUGGAGAAAAGAAGGAUCUGUAUGUGAAGAGUGUUCAGAGAACCGUUAUCUGGAUGGGAAAGAAGCAAGAAACCGUGGAGGACGUCCCCUGUGGUAACACUGUUGCGUUGGUCGGUUUGGAUCAGUUCAUCACCAAGAAUGCAACUUUGACAAACGAGAAAGAGGCCGAUGCCCAUCCGAUCCGUGCCAUGAAGUUUUCUGUCUCACCGGUUGUGCGUGUUGCGGUUCAGUGCAAGGUUGCAUCUGAUCUCCCUAAGCUUGUUGAAGGUUUGAAGCGUUUGGCCAAGUCCGAUCCUAUGGUUGUUUGUACCAUCGAGGAGUCUGGUGAACACAUCAUCGCUGGUGCUGGAGAGCUUCAUCUCGAAAUCUGUUUGAAGGACUUGCAGGACGAUUUCAUGGGCGGUGCCGAAAUCGUUGUUUCUGACCCAGUCGUGUCUUUCCGUGAAACCGUUCUUGAGAAGUCGUCCCGCACCGUGAUGAGCAAGUCCCCCAACAAACAUAACCGUCUCUAUAUGGAAGCUAGGCCCAUGGAGGAAGGACUUGCCGAGGCCAUCGAUGAUGGCAGGAUUGGUCCUCGUGAUGACCCCAAGGUUCGUGGUAAGAUCUUGGCUGAGGAAUUCGGUUGGGACAAGGAUCUCGCCAAGAAGAUCUGGUGUUUCGGUCCCGAAACAACCGGACCCAACAUGGUUGUCGAUAUGUGUAAGGGAGUCCAGUAUUUGAAUGAAAUCAAGGAUUCUGUCGUUGCUGGGUUCCAAUGGGCUUCAAAAGAAGGUGCUUUAGCCGAAGAAAACAUGAGGGGUAUUUGCUUCGAAGUGUGCGACGUUGUUCUCCAUGCUGAUGCUAUUCACAGAGGUGGUGGCCAAGUUAUCCCGACCGCCAGGAGGGUCAUCUACGCCUCCCAACUCACUGCCAAGCCCCGCCUCCUCGAGCCGGUGUACUUGGUGGAGAUUCAGGCACCCGAGCAAGCUCUCGGUGGAAUCUACAGUGUCCUGAAUCAAAGGCGUGGUCACGUGUUCGAGGAAAUGCAGAGGCCCGGUACACCACUGUACAACAUCAAAGCAUAUCUGCCGGUCGUGGAAUCGUUUGGAUUUUCUGGUGCAUUGAGAGCUUCGACUUCCGGUCAAGCUUUCCCGCAAUGUGUGUUUGAUCAUUGGGACAUGAUGUCCGCCGAUCCGUUGGAGGCCGGGUCUCAGGCGAGCACGCUCGUGUCCCAAAUCCGUAAGCGAAAGGGUUUGAAGGAGCAGAUGACACCGCUCUCGGAGUUCGAGGACAAGCUGUAAGCGGCAAAAACUGGUUUUUGCGGGUGAGCGAUAAUCGUCAAGUCGUUGGAUUGGAGCGGUUUAAGUGUUCUCCGGGUUUAUGUUUUUCCAUAUUUUCGUUUUAUAAUGUUUUGUUGGUGUGGUACUGCUGCUACUGUUUUAUGUUUUAUGGUUAGAUGAACUUGCAGACGAUGCUGGUAAUUUUGACAUUCUUGUUUACUAUUUAUGAUUCGAGUUAUGUUUUUGUAUUUUGUUAUAAAGUGUCUUAUUCUGUGA